UAUAUAGUGAUAGUGCUGGAUGUCAUAUUAUCUUAUGUUAAUUGAACAGACCCUGAAUAUAGCCUGCUAGCAGCUCAGCUGUUUGGCAUAUGCGUAUGGUGUAGUAGUCGGUUUUUCGAGCUUGGGAGACGCACUGUAUGAGCUAUAAUUUCCAACAGGUGCGCACAGACAUUAAGUGAUGGUGAAUCCAGGAGGUGCAGUGCGAUCGAUCGGCCCUCCCCACGAGGUCAGUCAGUCAUAGUGGAUUCAGCGGCACACAACGACGGUGCUAGUCAGCGCCACCCGGACCGAGUGCGAGUGGACAAGUUGGUGCAGCCUCUUUUGACCCACUGUGAAGUAAGGGAGCAACAUCUGCGUCGUCAUUUCCCUCUGCGAUUCGUAUAGUCCCGUGUUCCGACGGACCGCUCAUUCGACUGUACGAUGGAAGAUCCUUCGAAGGAUAAUGUCUUUUCCUUCCCUGAUGGCGACGUGAUCCUGGUUUCCUCCGACGGCCUCGAGUUUCAGUUACCUCAAGCGGACUCCCAAAGUGCAUUACAAUCUGUUACGAUGACAGAAAAUGCAAGGACUCUGGAUGGCUUGCUCAAGAUUGUGUACUCGAUUGAAGCUGGCCCGGCCUUGACGUUAGCGACGGAUUGCUUCCAUCAACAUCUGAACGUGGCCACAGGCCCCUCUGUCCAUGUGGUCCUUGUCUACGUACGUUGCUGUGCGUCCUUCACACACGUCUAUUACUUUUUGGCUCGCAACGUCAACCUAAUCGCACUUCUAUGUUCCUGUGGGAGAGCCCCCCACUGAAUCCAAUCGGCAGGUACUGCAGUCGGAGCUUGAAAAUGUUUUGUUAUUCUUGGACCGGUCAUCAGCAGAGCCAGAAUAGAUCUUGGGCAUUACACGCAGUGAGGAUGGUUCAAAUGUAUAAGGACCAUUAUGUUUACUCGCCGGACUGAACGGUUGUGCUCUGGACAUGGGCAGCAUCAAAGGCAGAUGUACCAGUUAUAGAACGCCGGAUACGACUCAAGGGGUUCCUGCUAAGGCAAGUGCCGUGACCCCCUCCUGCGCUGCUUGUCCCUCUACCCAAGCUUGGUCU